AUGCCGUAUCCCUCCUCUCUACACCCCCCCGUCCCCAAAUCCCCACCUCACAUCUCCCCCCAACCCCCCUACCUUCCCCCCAACACCCCUCCUUUCUCUUCCCGUGACCUUGCUCUCUACUCCCACGCCCCGAUCUUCCCUCCCCCCGCUUCCCUUCUUCCCCUCCCUUCCCCUCUCGCCAUCCCUCUAACCCCACAUGUGCCCCCUGGACUUCCUCAUUGCCUCCCUGUGCUCCCCUGUGCUUCCUUCUGCUCCCCUGUGCGUCCUUCUGCUCCCCUGUGCUUCCCCCCAGCUAACCCCACAUGUGCGAACAGCCACAGCGACAGCAGUAGGAGCAACGGCGACAUUGUAAGAGUAACGGAUCCCGGUGCAGCGGGACAUGCGUUCUUCCCCCCUGCUAACCCCACAUGUGUCCCCUGUACUCCCUCAUUGCCUCCCUGUGCUCCCCUGUGCUUCCCCUCCCUGUGCGUCCUUCUGCUCCCCUGCGCUUCCCCCCUGCUAACCCCACAUGUGUCCCCUGUGCUUCCGCAUUUCCUCCCUGUGCUUCUUUUUGAGCAGGCGAACAACCAUACUGAUAGCAGCAGGAGCAACGGCGACAUCAUAAGAGCAAACAACCAUACUGACAGCAGCAGGAGCAACGGCGACAUUAUAAGAGUAACGGAUCCCGCUGCAGCGGAUGUGUUCUUCGUGCCCUUCCUGGCGUCGCUCAGCUUCAACAUCUUCACCACCAAUGGCAUGCGAGGCGCGCUGGCGGAAAAAGACAAGAUCCUCCAGGAGGAGCUGUGGAGCGUGCUCAAGGAGUCCCCCUGGUGGCAGCGGUCGGGCGGCAGGGAUCACAUCAUCCCCAUGCUGCAGCCCAAUGCUCUUCGCCACAUUCGCCAGCGCCUCGCCCCGGCCAUGUUCCUGCUGCUCGACUUCGGCCGAUACGCCCAAGGAGUAGCCCGGCUGAGCAAGGACAUAGUGGUCCCCUACAACCACAUAGCGCCGCCUUACACGGAGCCUGCGAGCUAUGGGGAGGCGCAGGGGCCAUGGGAGGCGCGAACCACACUGCUGUUCUUCCAAGGGACUAUCAUGCGGAAGGAUGAGGGGUACAUCCGCAAGCUCAUCUUUGACAUGUAUCACAAGGAGCCGGACGUGAGGUUCGUUGAGAGCAAGAUCACCGGUCCGCAAGACAUCAUCUCGGCAGCAGAGGGGCUGCGAAACUCGCGCUUCUGUCUGAAUGCAGCGGGGGACACCCCUUCGUCUGCUCGCCUCUUUGACGCCAUCGUCAGCCACUGCGUGCCCGUGGUGAUCAGCAACAAGAUCGAGCUGCCCUUUGAGACGUCCAUUGAUUAUUCCGACUUCACGCUCUUUGUCUCCCAUGAGGACGCCCUGCGCCAGGGCUACCUGCUGCGCCUGCUGCGCGCAUUCCCCAGGGAGAGGUGGCUGCGCAUGUGGCAGAACCUGCAGCACGUGAAGCACCACUUUGAAUUCCAGUACCCAUCGCAACCAGGUGACGCAGUCAGCAUGGUGUGGAGGGAAAUCCGCAAGAAGCUUCCUCGCAUGCGGUUGGCAAUCCACCGGGGGAAGCGGCUAGUGGUGCGCGAUUGGACCAAUGUGUGA